GGUGGAUACAUAUCAUCGAUCAGUGCCAUAGCUUCGAGGGACGGCCAGAGUAUAUUGACAGCCUCAGCCGCAGCAGUCAGAGUUUAUAGUAGUGCCACUGCAGCACUGAUCUUUGAGCUGAAGGGGCACACAGCGGAUGUAACAGCCCUUGCGUUAAGCCCACAUGGUAGCAGAAAGGUCUACUCUGCUUCCAGUGAUGGAACAGUGCGCUUGUGGGAUAUCAAAGAAGGAACCCUCUUGAAGACCUUCAAUGUUGGCUCGCCAAUCAGGAGCAUGGUAGUGCCAGCGGUGGGUUUGCAUGCCUUCAUUUCAGUCGCGCACGCUGGAGGCCAGAAGCAGGGCCGUGUGCUACGCCUGAAUCUGGCAACAGCCGCCCUUGAGCCACAGGUUCACCGGACCUCUGCAGCCAGGCCCCUCACAGUGAGCCCGGGAGGUGGCUAUGUCGCCACAAUUGACAAGCACACGCUCUUCAUCUGGUCUACGAAGGACGCAGACAAGAGACCGCUCGCCCUCCAUCACACAAAGGCUUUCACUUGCGUGGCAAUAGAUGCAACAGGGGACAGGGUGGCGGCCGGUGAUGUCAGCGGACGCAUCAGCAUGUGGAACGGCUUUGCGCCAGCUGUCGCUGCUGCAGCGGCCGCCUCAGAGGACAAGGGAGCCGCUGGAGAGGUGGCAUCCCAGUCGGCGCAGCAGCAGGGGCAGAAACGAAAGAGCAGGGAGGUAAGGGAUGCCGGGCUGGCAAAGGAGACCCUCCACUGGCACUCCAGCGCCGUCCGCAGCAUAGUUUUCAGCCAGGACGGCUCCUACUUGCUCUCUGGCGGCGCAGAAGCAGUGCUGGUGAUCUGGCGGCUGGACAAUGGUGCGCGCACGUACCUGCCGCGCAUGGCUGGCGCGCUGACGGCCAUCACCCCGGUGCCCAGCGAUGCCGCCUGCUACAUCCUCACACAGGCCGACAACACCAUCCGCAUGGUGAAUGUGGCGGCGAUGCGUGUGCUGUGCUCGGUGCACGGGUUGCGGCCGCGGGUGGCGGGGACGCCGUCGGGGACCGUGGCCGCGCUGGUGCCUGGCUCAGGCGAGCUGGCGCUGGCCGGGGCAGGCUCCGUGCUGCAGCUGUUUGACGCCGUGCGCGACCGCCACAUUGACCGCGUGCAGGUGGGGCACCGUAACGUGGCGUCUCUGGCAGGCACGGACGAGGCUUCCCAGGGCGGGCAGAGGGCAGUCGAGAGCCACAUCUCGCACAUCGCCUAUUCUAGCGACGGCACAGUCAUGGCCACGGUGGACGUGCACCCCAGCGCGGCUGCCAGCGGUGCCGUGGGCUCGGCCCUCAAGUUCUGGGAUCGCCGCAUAACGGGCGCCGCCGCCGGUGGCGCCCCCCUCUAUACCCUCAACAGCCACAUCUCUGAGCCCCAGCGGGGUGUGGUGAGCGGGCUGGCAUACCACCCAUCGGAGCACAUAGCAGCCACGACAGGCGUGGACGGCGUGCUUAGCAUGUGGAGGCGCUCGGCUGCCGGCAAGCGCUCUGAGAAGGCCCCUGCUGCUUGGCGCUGCACCUCUACUGCUGCCUACAAAGGCCAGCCCAUGAGCGCAGUGGCGUUCAGCGGCGAUGGGAGCCUGGUGGCUGCCGCAGUGAGUGGCAGCGUGACACUGUGGGAUCCUUCCUCCAACGCCCUCAUCACUGUGCUGGCCAACCCGGCCCCCGCUCGCUCCAGUGCCAUGAGACGCCUAGAGUUCGUGCCCAGCACGCAUUUCCUGGUGGGCAUCAGCGCGGACGCAGCCCCUUCGUUGGUGGUGUGGAACCUCGUCACGGCAUCAGUCUGGUGGUCAGCAGCCGUCGCCUCGUCCUGCCUCGCGGUGGACCCCCACCACGGCGCCUUUGCCAUCGCGGUGCCACCGGAGCCCCUCCGCAGAUUCUCCGGCAGCGCCGCGCCGCCGGCCCUGCCGGCCGGGCCGGCCCCCACGCGUCCGAUGACGAACGGCCGCUCCGAGACGACCGUCCGGCAGCCGCGGCGCGCGCUGCCGCCUCUGAACGCCGUGCACAUGAACGGCCGGAGGGACGCGCCGGCAACGUCUGGCCGGCCAGUCAUGAAUGGCGUGGCUGCGAAUGGAGGGGAGGCUGCCAGCGGGUCGGACGAGGAUGCAGGACAUGGGGGAGAAGACCCAGCCAGGCAGCUGCAGGCAGGCGCGGCGUGCUCGGGGGGUGCGUUCUGGUUUGAGGAAGCCGAGGCUGCUGGGGACGAGCGCGCUCUCGCGCAUGCGAGCGGCGGCGUUGCUGCGGAGCCGGCCGCCUCGGGCCGGGGCGGCCUAAUGUAUGGCGGGGGCGGCGGCAGCGUGCUGCUGUUUGAUGCGGGCUGCCCUACCCCGAAACAAGCCUGGCUGCUGCCCAGGUCUGGUGCGGCGGCGUUGAUGUUUGCUGGAAAUGGAACACCGCUGGCGGCUGCCGGUGCUGACAGAGCGCCAGCCGGUACCAGUCCGCUGCUCAUCCUGACCAAUGACCGGCAGUACACAAUCGCCGCUGCUCCCGGAGCUGACACCACUGAGAGCGCUGCUGACGUGUCGGCUGCCCAGACCGCAGGUGUUCCAAAGAGGGCACCAGUGGGUUUUGAGGCUGCCUUUGGCCCUCUCAACGCAGCACGCAAGACUCCUGAGCAGCCUGAAGCCAGAUAUAGCGCGGCUGAUGAUGGCCAAACCAGCGUGCAGGAAUUGUGGGAUGCACCGUCACAUGCGCUGCCGCCACUGUCUGUCUUGGCAGCCGUUCUAUUUGCAGCCCUGUGCUUCCUGGGGUAUGCACAUGCAUCGCGCGCUAAAUCAGCCAGCGUGCACACCAUCAUCCCUGUGGAGUGCACAAAUGGCUACUUCGAGUGGCAAAUACUGGGCUUCGUAUACAGUGCCAGGAGAGCAGGCCAGGAGGGUCCCAUAACUCGGCUGAUGAGCUGCACAGAGGAGCAGCUGAAGGAUUACAAGGGGAUGGACCUGGUGCCCACCUUUGUGGCACCCAGUUUCAAAAACAUCGUGCCUGACGAUGAAUACGCGGCCUACAACAAGCCCGGCGCCAUCAUGGCCUGGCUCCAGGAGCAUGAGCCUAAGGAGGACUACAUCCUGAUCGUGGAUGCAGACAACAUCAUGCGCUUCCCUUUUGAUCCUAUCGAGCUGAAAGUGGAGCCAGGCUGGGCGUACUCAGGGUACUACUUUUAUGAGAUCCUGAAGGGCUGCUCCAAUGAGCUGGCAGACAAGCACAUUGCCCAGGUGCAGCCGAGGCAGGAUACCCUCGCCGGUCCCAAGGGGCGCAGGGCAGACACGGUGGGCGUGCCGAUCCUGAUGGCAAAGAGCGACCUAAAGAAAGUGGCGCCCCUGUGGCUGGAGUACUCAAAGAGAUUCAGGCUGGACCCGGCGACUUUUGAUGGAAAUCUGACCGGUGACGACUUCACCAAAACUCCCGGGGACAAGUCGUGGAUGAGUGAGAUGUAUGGCUACUCAUAUGCAGCCGCUGUGGCAAAUGUGUGGCACCGGCGAGUGGACUACACAGAUUCCCUGCUACCAGGCUACGCCGCCAUCUGGCCGCCAAAGGUGCUGCACUAUGGUGCCAAGUGGACGGUGCCCAACACAACGUGGGCGUGGCAUAAGGCGUGGUAUCACGAUGACUUUGAUGUCACUGUGUGCCCGCCCUGGGACCUGUCUGCGGAGCGUCCCUCCGCCGGCCUCUUCCCCUACCCACCGCGGCCCCUUGAAAUCCCCUCUGAGGGGGAGGACUUCCUGCGCGACCUGAUAGCCAUAGAGCCGGUGGUAGUGCUCAACGCGGCCUUCUGCGAGCGCCACAUGAAGCACUGCCCCAAAUCGCAGCAGCUGGAGCAGGAGUGCGCCAAGGUGAGGCAGCAGGAGAUUGAGAUGGACAUAGCAUUCGAUGUCAUGGAGAUGGUCAUGCAGGAAGAGGAGUGCCAGAACAAACAUCCGGACUGUGAGGAGUGGGCGCGCAACGGGGAGUGUGAGAAGAGCCCGCGCUACAUGUUCUGGGGAUGCCGCCUCUCCUGCGGCCGCUGCUACCCUCCCACCCUCCAGGUGCGGCACCAUGCAAAGGUGCCUACUACGGCGGUGGCGCAGGGAUCGGCGUGGCCGUACGGGGCCGGCAAGAAGAAGGGGUCAGGCUCAUGGCUGGGCACACCCAAGGCAUCCACCCUUGACGGCCGCCAGUGGCUGGACGCUCACCCAGAGCUGGCAAACCCCGUCGAAGCGAUGCCGGCGGUGCAGCCGGGCCGGCACAAUGCGCAUUCGCUGCGGCUGCGCAAUAGAGCGGCCAGCGGAUUGCUGAAGGGGCUGAGCCAGGGGCAGGGAUCACAGCUGCAGCUGGGCGGGCGAUCGGCAGCGCUGGCAGAUGUGACUGAGGAGCAGAUGAUAGGCGAUGUGACAUUCUUCAUCGUGCUCAUGGGUUGGCUGGGUGUUGUGCUGUGGGGCUUGAUCCUCAUGUACUUUUUAGGGAUUCUCCAAUGA